UAAUCAUAUAUUAAUAAUAUAUUGAUAAUAUUAAUUUAAUCAUGAGCUCGAUUUUCGGAAGUAGCGAUAAAACUGAAAACAUUGUUAUUUUUGACGUCUCGAAAAAUGAAAGAAAAUUGAAUGACGAUUUCAAAGUACUUCAACGCAAAUUAAAGACAAAAUCGAAAUUUAUAGAAAACAGCGAAGUGAUAUCGCAAGAAUUAUUGACAAAUGCCAAAAUUUUAGUAUUGCCAGGACCAUUAGAUAAAUUUACAGAGCUUGAAAUGAAUUCCAUUAGAACCUUUUUAAAUUCUGGUGGCAAUGUUCUUGUUACACUUGGAGAAGGUGGUGAGAACAAAUCCAACACAAAUAUUAACUUUUUACUAGAAGAAUUUGGCAUUAUGGUAAAUAAUGAUAGUGUAGCUAGGAUGAGUUAUAGUCAAACAAUGCAUCCUAAGGAAACUUUAAUAUGUCAAGGUCUAUCAAACAAAUCUAUAUUUCUAAAGAAUCAUGACGAAUGCAUUGGCAUGAAAUUUUUAUAUCCUUAUGGUGCAACUUUAAAUGUAGUACAACCAUCUGUCGUUGCUCUGUCCAGUGGAUCAAUUGCUAUUCCAAUGAAUAGACCUAUUUGUGCCUAUCACUGCAUCAAAACUGGUGGUGGCAAGUUAGUUGUGUUAGGUUCAUCCAAAAUGCUGGCAGAUACUUACAUAGAAAAGGAGAAUAAUGAUGCCUUGCGUGAAAUGAUUUUUGAUUUUUUUGAGUUGGAUGUCACAGGGAUAGUGGAUCUUCAAAUGGAUGAUGUAGAAUUUUGGGAAUACAACUUUGUGCCAGAUUUAACACAACAGGCAGAUAAUCCGAAAGUUUGCACACAAGACUUGGAUAAUAUCGAUAUUCCUCGCGAGUACACCAAGUUAUUUAAGCAGCAUUUUUAUUCUAUAAAUUUGAACAUGGUACCAGCUUGUAUAAAAGCAUACGAGGCCUUAGGAGUGAAACAUGAACCGCUUACUUUGAUUCCACCUCAUUUUGAAGCACCUUUACCUCCCACACAGGCUUCAGUAUUUCCUCCGAGUUUUCAAGAAUUACCGCCGCCUGCUUUGGAACUAUUUGACCUAAAUGAAGCGUUUAGUUCUGAUUUCUUGAAACUGUCCCAGCUCACUAAUAAAUAUAUGGCGACAAAGAAUUUAUCAAACAAUAAAGAACUAGAGCAUUAUAUUAGAGAAUUUGGAAGUAUUAUAAUAAGGAUAAACAAUUCUGAGACAUACACCGCCAAAGAAGUAUUAAAUUUCAUUUUUCAGAAAAUUUGCAGUUACAAAGCAACACAUGAUUGAAAUCUUUGUACAGAGGAAUAAUGUAUUAAAAUUUAUCGCUGAUUUUCUAAGACAAUCCAUUAAAAACAAAUGUUUAAC